CGUUUGCCAAUGUCAGAAAGUAAUUUUGACGAUUUGUAAGUCUAAACAGAGGUGUAAAAAAAGGUUUUUGUAUUUUUCGCUUUAAAUAUUGUCAAAAUAAUUUUAUUUAUGAAAAAUUUAUAUUAUUAUGAAUUAAGUGGUUAAUAUUCUAAAAAAAUGAGUGCACUUUUCAAUUUUCAAAGUUUACUCUCCGUGAUACUACUUUUAAUAUGCACAUGUGCCUACUUAAGGUCAUUUUUCCCGAGUCUAAUGGAUCGUAACAAAACUGGAUUCCUCGGCACUUUCUGGAAGUGUGCUAGAAUCGGUGAAAGAAAAUCUCCAUAUGUAGCAACCUGCUGUAUCAUAAUGGCCUUCACAAUACUGUUCCUGACAUAGAUAUAUUGUUUUAUUAUCAUAAUUCCUGCUGAUCCACAUAUUAAACAAACACUAUUUUAA